AUGGCAACCUGCAAAACAACUCACAGGAAUGACUGUUGGAUAACAAGAUCAGCAAGAGAAGGCGACCCUGAAGACAAGGUAAACAACUCUCCUAAUUUUCUUAGAGUAAAUAAAUCGCCAAUCGAGCCGCGAAUCGAGACUCGCAACGGACUGUCCAAGUUCAAGUUCAAGUUCAUUUAUUCAAUUACAAUACAACAACAAUAAGAAAAAAAAAGAAGAAGUAACAACAGAGCCAACUAUACAUUGAAUUAAACAUAACAAAGGAAAAGAGUGUGUAGCAGCCAAAGGAGCCAAGCUUUCGAUUUGGCUACUACAUGUACCACAGAGCAGUUACAAGUGGAUGGAGGUUAUAUAGUACUUAUAAAAAACUAUUUAAAUCAAAUAAUUAAAGAAAUAGCGCUAAAUAACAGAUUAGAGUUGUUCAAGAUGCCUGACUGUCAAGUAGAAAGAGUUUAUAUUCUUUUUUAAAACUGUUCGAGGGGAGACACUUAAUUUUCAUAGGUGCUGCUUCCCAGGUCUGUGACGCCACUACACUAAACCUUGCUAGGCCAUAAUUAGUUCUGGAAAACGGUCUGCACAGGUUUUGAUUAGUGGCAUACCUAGUAUUAUAAUUACGGACAGCUGAAGCCGGUUGAACUAAGUCAUAGAGGGCAGGAGGUGUAUCCUUUUUUUGAUAUUGAAUUUUAUGUACAAGUCAGUGCCAAUUUUUAAUUUAAAGGUAUUCUCUAACUUUAAGAUUUCUAAUAGUGUAAAGUACGGUGUGGGACUGUCUGUUUUGUUUGCAGAGAAGAUGCAGCGAAUACAGUUAUUUUGACUUACUUUGAUUAUAUUUAACUUAUUUUGGUACGAUACGGAUACGGAUAUAUGAGAGUAUAGUACAGUUGUUUGAGUGUACCUAUUGGCACAUAAUGUCUAAGUUUAAAUAAAAUUCCAAUGUUUUUUGUCAGAAUAGCUGCAUAAUGUUUAAGAAAUGCAUACAGUACAUUUUCUGUUUCCUUUUUACCGAUUUUAGGAUACCCUUAGUGAGACAUGGCUUAUUAAGUUGCCUUUGCUUGCUUUGGCUAGCCAGCUUGAUAGGCGCAUGUUUAUCUACAAUUUUAUUCAGGGUAUUGAUUGCCUCCUGUACCUUUUCAUUUAGAUUCUUUUCUGGGUUGAGGAUUUCGUGCCAAUCAAUCAGUUUUAUAUCUAGUCUCGAAAAUAUUUUUUGUUACUAUUAUUCCGUGUAGGCUGGGUUCUGACUAAGCAGAAAAUCAGAAGAUGAUCUGUUAUAUCAACUGUCAGGAUUCCUGCUGUGAAAUUUUGUAAACAAUUUGUAUAUAUAUGGUCAAUGAGUGUUGCCUUGUGAUCAGUAAGCCUCGUAGGUUUAGUAAUGAUCGGCAAGAUGUUAUUGGCAUAAAGCAUAUCUAAAAACUCUUCAGUUUGAGUAUGUUCAUUGAAUUUCAGGAAAUUUAUAUUCAUAUCUCCAAAGAUGUAAAUUUCGUGUCUAUUGGGAUUAAUUGUUUUGAUUAUAUCAUUUAGUUGGUUGCAAAACUGUUCUAAAUUACAAGUGGGAUGCUUGUAGAUACUAGACUACGAGUAGUCCCCCAUUUGUCCUUAGGGAUAGUAGAGCGAGCAAAACGCCAGCGCGCGUGAAAAUCACCCCACGCGAGAAAAGGCGACACGCAGCGGGGAGAGAGUCGCCUUUCUCGCGUGGGGUGACUUUCACGCGCGCUGGCGUUUUGCUCGCUCUACUAUCCCUGAGGAAAAAUGGAGGACUACUCAUAGUCUAUGUAGAUACAACCUAUUAUGAUCUUCCUUUUACCUUCACCAGCAUCAAUUUCUGCCCAGCAGGAUUAAACUAGCGCUACGUCAAAUUUAAUGCCAGGCCUAGGUACAGCUUUAAGAUUAUUAGCUAUAUAUAAAGCAGCUCUACCUGCGUUUGUUGGCGAGUCCGUGUGUAAAAAAAUUAUAGCCUUUGAUAUUUACAUUAGAAAUAGACUUCUCACCUAAUUUAAUUUCUGUAAUUCCAAAUAUAUCCAGCUUGGAGUCAAGGGAGCAUAAUAGUUCUUCUGACAGAUUUAGGUUUCUAGAUAAACUUCUAAUAUUACAGUGAAGAAUUGAAAAAGAUUUUGCGUCUGAAUUUACAAGCACUUUAUUAAAGCUAGGGACUGAAUAAUAUCCUGAGCAGGGGGUAUUUAACAUUAAAUCUGGGUCGCACUCGUCGAACUUAUUUGGAUUUGGGAGGAGAUCGUAAAGGUCAAGAUCAUGACGCCUAUUCAGCCAGCUGCCAACCAUAGCAUGAAAUUCUCUAUCAGUUAAACCAUAAAAUGGUCAGCAACUACUUACGUUUUCCUGGUAAUCAGCCAGUUUUGCCUGCGUAAUAAUAUAAGUUUUUAGAAGUCAUUAAACUGAUAGCUAAUUAAUUGAGCUCGUCAAGAAACUCUUCGAAUUCCCGAUGGGUUACGAAACAUUUCGUAGUGGAGCUCUCAGUUUUGUUCAGCAUUAUUUUACCGUUAGCCGU